AUGCUUUCCCUCCGUACUCUUACCCGCUCAGCACCACGAGUUGCUCGCGGUCUCACCAACACCGCCAUCAAAACCGCAACCCGACCCUCCCUCCUCCAAACCGCUUUCCCCGCUUCAAGACUCCAAUGCGCAUCUGCAUUUUCCACUUCGAGCAUCAGAGCUAAGUCUGCUGCUCCAGAAAGCGAUGCUGAACUGGCCGAGAAGCUCGCUAGCGAGAUCCAAAUGGAGGAGGAGAUGAAAGAGCAUGAGGAACUUCCUACAAGUGUGAAGGAUUAUAUGGAGAAUGGUCCUUUUGAGAUUCUUGAUACACCUGGACAGGAAGAGGUUAUUUUGACUAGAAGCUUUGGUGAUGAGAAAAUCCGCGUCUCCUUCUCCAUCGCCGACCUCAACGCCUACGACCCCGACUCCGACGAAUUCCAAGACCGCGCCAUGUCCGACGAAGACCCCAACAUCGACCCCGCCGACCCCUCCGAGCUGGACCCUGAAAACCCCUCCGACGCCGAAGGCGAGUCCCAAGGCUUCCCCGCCCGCGUAAACAUCAUUGUCGAGAAGAAGGGCAAAGGUGCGCUCGCUAUUGAAACCGUCGCCGAGGGUGGCAUGAUCGUCGUCGAUAACGUAUACUACUAUGCGGACGCCGCGCACGCCUAUGCAAAGACUACCGAGGCUGUCCACCAACGUCAAGAUAUGUAUGUCGGUCCUCCUUACGCAAACUUGGACGAGGAUUUACAGGUGUUGAUGGAGAGAUAUUUGGAUGAGCGAGGAAUCAACCAGGCAUUGGCGAUUUUCGUGCCCGAUUACAUUGAUAUGAAGGAACAGAAGGAGUACUUGAGAUGGUUGAAGAAUGUUAAGGGAUUCGUUGAGGCUUAAGUAUCAUUCAUUGACGCUCAGAAUCACUGAUCCUCAACCAUUCCCUUUCCCCCCCCGUACGAAAAAAAAAGCGUUUCUAUUUUGGCUUUCCCUUCAAUGUUGUUUUCAUACCCUUUCCACUCUGCUGGCACCAUCAUACCUAUAAGCUAGGUACACCUGUAUACUAUCAGAUAGCAAGACUGUCUACACUACGUACGAUAUGACAGAUACGAAUGCUAUGUAAUGAAUUUCAAGAGACAUACUUGAUUAUGCCUUUUUCUUCGCUCAAUUGGUGAACUGUGAUUGUGCUGUUUGAAUUUCAUUGCUUCGUUAUACGCACCAGUCUUGUGCUUCUCAAUAUGCUCUAUUCCAAGUGCUAUU